CUUGCACACCUUGGCCAAAGUCAUAACUUUAAGGAGAGCAACGGUGACAGUCGUGACAGCAUUUUGAAGUUGUGAACGACGCGUUAAUCUGUUCGUGAGGUGGGUCAGAUGGAGAAAUCUAAAAACUUUCGCAUCGACGCGCUUUUGGCUGUCGAUCCACCAAAAGUGCAGACCUCGCCGCUGGCGCUGGUCACCUCCCUGCCCACCUCUUCAGUCUCAUCCUCCUCCGAGAGUGUCCAGGAGUUGAACUCGAACUCCGAAGCACUUCGAACCGAGACUCCGUCGCCCCCCAGGAUAUCGUCUUGCGGCUUGAUUCCCAAACCGGGUUUCUUAAACUCUCUACAUUCAGGCAUGUUAGGACUACACCCUCAGAGCAGCACCGGGAUCCCCCCUCAGGCUCUCUACGGUCAUCCGAUGUACACUUAUUCAGCAGCAGCACUGGGUCAGCACCCGGCUCUGUCCUACUCAUACCCGCACGGCUCGCACCAUCACCACCCCAGUGACCCCCUCAAACUCACCGCCAGCUCCUUCCAGCUCGACCACUGGCUGAGGGUCUCCACGGCGGGGAUGAUGCUGCCUAAAAUGGCAGAUUUUAAUGGCCAGGCGCAGUCAAACUUACUCGGGAAGUGCAGAAGACCAAGAACCGCGUUCACAAGCCAGCAGCUCCUUGAACUUGAGCACCAGUUUAAGCUGAACAAAUAUCUAUCGAGACCAAAACGCUUCGAAGUGGCCACAUCAUUAAUGCUAACAGAGACACAGGUGAAAAUCUGGUUUCAGAACAGGCGCAUGAAAUGGAAGCGCAGUAAAAAGGCUAAAGAACAAGCCGCUCAGGAGGCCGACAAGCAAAAGGGUAAAGGAGACCAGGACAAAAAGCACGGACUGGAGAAGGACUGCCAGAAGGUAGAUUCAGUGAAAACUAACAGAAUACGGGACUUUAGGGACAGCGACGACGAAGAAGGAGAUAAUUACAUGCUGAAUUCAUCUGAUUGUUCCUCUGAUGAUGAACGAACCAAUGCCAGUGAUAUCAGUCCACAACCAUGAGACUUCGUUUCCAAAAAGACACUUACAUAAGAAGUAGCCUACCUAUGUGAUUAGCAUGUGUUAUCAUCUUGCAGUCAGUGUGGAAAUGCUGAGAAGGACGCCCACAUGAGCUGUUUGUAUACGUCUCCGUGAGGUGAAGCCUGAUGUUAUGGUUGCAGAGCAUGUGGUAAAAUUGCAUCAAGCAAAAUAGAUGAGUAGGCCCAUCACUGUCGGUAAUAAAUCACUGAAAGUUAAUUUCUGAACUCAAGUGGGAUGGGAAAAAAACAUCAACCAGAACCAUGUGAUCUGUUUAUUUUUAUACAAUGUAUUUAUAAGGAAAUCGCUUUUAAAAUGCAUG